AUGGAAAUGGUGGUGGUGCAGUGCGUAAGUGUUUGCAGGAAGGGGUUGGCGCCUCCACCAUCGUCGCCUCAUCCAAUGGUAGCCCAAAGACGAACCUCUGUGGUUGCUUUUGCUUCCAAAUCACUUAACCCGAUACUGAAAAGCUGUAGAACUUGCGGAGGAAAGGGCGCCAUCGAAUGCCCAGGAUGCAAGGGCACGGGGAAGAAUAAAAAGAACGGAAACAUAUUUGAACGAUGGAAAUGUUUUGAUUGCCAAGGAUUUGGACUCAAGACUUGUCCCACCUGCGGAAAGGGGAGAGGAUUAACACCGGAACAAAGAGGAGAGAGAUAG